GUGUUUCGUGUUGCCCAGGAGACAAUCACCGGGACGACAGAAAACAGAAGGGGACGGAUUACCCAGGGAGCCGGCCAUGUCAUGGGCUGGAUGACAAGGAAGUUGGCUCUGCAGCAGCACAGUACACAACCUCAGCUGGCAUCAAAGAUCUGCAAACAGAGGGGCAGCCCUGCCAUGCUGCCUGCUAGAUGGGCCAUGUACUGAUAUGCCCGAUUUAUGGCACCGGAUGACAGAUCUGUCCCUGUGAAGUCUUUCCUACACAAAGAACAAUAGUUGCCACCAGCACCGCUGUCGCCAUGGUUACCCAGCCUCAGUCCUUGCCUGAAACAGAGGAGUCACAGGAAAAUUGUGACAAAACAGAAAGUACAGAAGAAACAGAAAUGCCUGGUAAACCACGGACUAUGUGUGAAGGACAGGAGAAGACCUCUAAUGGAAAACACAAAAAGAAACCUCACUCCGCAAUUGAGAAGCACAAGCAAGAUAUGAUGGCUGCGGAGGGAUGUGUGCGCAAGAUCAUUCAUAACACCAUGAUUAAUCCAGAUCGCCUCAAACUUGCCAAGCUUCUGGUGGAAAAGGCAAUAAAGCAAAAAAAGAUAUUCAGUAUUCACGGCCCAUACCCUGUGAUACGUCAGUGCCUGCGCAGCCGAGGAUGGGUGGAAAAGAAGCUGCCUAAAAUCACAAAGGUUUCCCGCAAAAAGGAAAAGGCGGAUGAAGAAAAUGAAGAAGAUGAUGGGGAUGGAAGUGGAAAUGAGGAUGACGAUGAUGACGCCGAGGAGGAGGAUAAAGAUGAGGAUCCAGAUGGCAUCUAUGAUUUAAUGUCUAGACUGGUCCGCAAUGAAAUACCUUAUUUUAUCUGGACAACCAGGCGAGAUGCUGUGGACUGCAGGUUCUUGAAGAAGGAUCAAAUGAUGAACCACUAUGCCAAAGCAGGCUCCUUCACUACCAAGGUGGGCAUCUGCACUAAUUUAAGGAACCUCCACUGGUUUGAUGAGGCCGACCCAGAUUCUUUCUUCCCUCGCUGCUACAGACUGGGAGCUGAGGAUGAGAAGAAGGCAUUUAUUGAGGAUUUCUGGCUGACGGCUGCUCGGAGUAUUCUCAAAAGAGUCGCAGGAGGAGAAUGGAAUAGAAUGUCAGACACCAAAGAGAACACAACUAAUGUGAAUGAUGUCAAACGAGGAACCAAGAAACGCAGAGGUAGUGUAUCAACUCACGUCAUCACAACAGCCAUCCAAGUCUGCGAGUCCUAUCUAAACAGCCUAGAACACAACGACAUUGAUGUGGAAACAGCUUCAACUUCCAUCAUGACAGAUGCUUCAUGGGAAGAAUUCCUGCAUAGUUACUACCGGGUCAUUCAUGAAGGAGCAUCCAUUGACCUUUCAUUCUCCUAUGUGGAUCAGUGCAGUCAUUUAUUGCAGCAGUUAGCAGAAGUCAAUCCACAGCUAAACAUUGAGGGUGACAGGAAUAUUUGGAUUGUUAAACCUGGUGCCAAAUCUCGUGGAAGAGGUAUUAUUUGUAUGGAUCGCUUGGCGGAGAUUCUGAAGUUGGUGGAUUGUGAUCCUAUGAUUGUCAAGGAUGGAAAAUGGGUGGUCCAGAAAUACAUUGAGAGACCGCUACUCAUCUUCAAUACCAAGUUUGAUGUGCGUCAAUGGUUUCUGGUGACUGAUUGGAACCCUCUGACAAUCUGGUUUUAUAGAGAAUGUUAUGUGCGAUUUUCAACACAACCAUACUCCCUGGAGAGUCUAGACACAUCUAUCCACUUAUGCAACAACUCCAUACAAAAACAUUUCGAGAACUCCCGCAGUCGUCACCCUGAGGUUCCCGCCGAUAAUAUGUGGUCUAGUGAUCAAUUCCAGAUGCAUCUCCAGAGGCUGGGAGAAAAGAGAGCCUGGGAUGACAUCAUUGUGCCAGGGAUGAAGGCUGCCAUCAUACAUACAAUGCAAAGUGCCCAGGAUGUAGUAGAGUUCAGAAAAAGCAGCUAUGAGUUGUAUGGGGCUGAUUUCAUGUUUGGUGAGGACUAUCAACCCUGGCUGAUUGAGAUCAAUGCCAGUCCAACAAUGGCACCAUCUACAGUUGUGACCACCAAGCUGUGUGCUAUGGUUCAGGAGGACACUUUACGUGUAGUGAUCGAUCGGAAGUAUGAUCGCAACUGUGAUGUUGGUCUCUUCGAACUUAUCUAUAAGCAGCCACCUGUGGAUAUUCCUCAAUAUGUUGGAAUCAAUUUAUUGGUGGAAGGCUCAACAGUGAAAAGACCACGUGCUCCUCUCUUGAAACCUCUUCAUGGGCCUAUGAAUGUUGGCUUCACUCAACUGAUCAACCAAAGAUCCCUCUCCAUGGUGCAAAGUAAAACGUCAAAUGCAACUUCUUUAACUGGGAGCCAAGAUCCUUCAAGACAACGGUCAACAAUCCCGUAUACGACUUCAAAAACAUCCCAGUCCACACAAAAUACUCAUACCUUAAAAAGGGCAAAGACUACAGCUACUGGUAAAGAAAAUAUUUCAAUAGCAGAAGUUAAAUGUGGACCCGAGAGUGUGGACCUUGUGAGGCUGUCCAGAAAACUGGAUACACCCAAAUCCCUGGUGCACAGAAGAAGUGUGUCAAAAGGAGCAGUAACACAACAACAUCAGCGUCUGCCAGCUGCUCCUAAACUGUCUCUGUCAGAGAAGCCAACUUUAGUAAAGCACCCAGCUGGCCAAAGGGACGGGAUACACCUUGACUUGAAGUUCUCCAGCCUUGACCUGGGAGAAAUUCAGCUCCUUAAAAACUUUCCAAAGACAGGACUAGACCCUCAACGGAUGCCAUGUUUAUAUUGCAAGGGACCUUCUUUGUUGAGCAACAGUUUACAAGCUAUGUGCAACUGUAGCAGGAGCGCUAAACUUCCAGUAAAGCCCAUUCGUUUCCAGCUCACCAAGGGAACCAACCUCAGCAUGUUCCAUGAAGGAGCAGAGCCCCUCACAGCUCGGGGUACAGCCAUUCUGUCAUCAUUGUUGCUGUGACACCAUUUCUAUUCCACACAGUCCUGUCAAUAAAUUCCUUAUUGGAGAAACA